AUGGAUGGGAUAGUGAUGAACGGCUCCGCUGGCCCUCCUGGCCCUCCUCCAGAUCCAAUAGAGCGCCCAGCAACUCCCCCUCCGCCUCCUCCUGAAGACUUGGGUGCUCCUCCGCCACCGCCAGAUGCUACGGUUCCUCCUCCUCCUCCAGAAGAUGAGCCUCCCGCGCCCCCAACCGAAGUCAAGAAGAGAAAGCUAGGAUGGGGAAUGAAGAAGUCUGCUGCAGCUCCACUGAGUGUGGAAGAGCUUAUCCAGAAGAAGAAGGAUGCGGAUGCCGCAGCUGCAAAGCCGAAGUUUUUGUCCAAAGCACAACGUGAGAAACUCGCACUGGAGAAACGAGCCAAAGAAGUAGAAGCUGAACGACAAGCCAAGGCGUCCUUGAACGGUGCCAGUCGCAAUGGGGUUUCAUCCGAGUCGCAGCCAGUGAAACCAGUGAAACCAGUGAAAACGGACCCUGAUCGCCGAGAUCCAGCUGGACGAGUCCCUACCGGUCCACGCGCCAUGCGUGGUGACGUUCCAACAGGGCCAGCUGCUUCGCGAAAUGGACAGCCAUCACGGAAUCGCGACAUGGACCCGCCGUCUCAGCCGAGGUCGAAGAAUUCCAAAGGAGAGAAACAAUUAACCGAGGAAGACGAGGUUACAGCACACGCAGCGCUCUUGAAGCAACGAUACAUGGGAACGGAACAGACCUCGACCUUCUCGGCAAAGAAGAAGCGCAAGCGCACCACGGACCGGAAGUUCAACUUCGAAUGGAAUGUAGAGGAAGACACCAGCGGCGACUACAAUCCACUAUACCAGAGCCGACACGAGGCAAACUUCUUCGGCCGUGGCAGACUGGCAGGGUUCGGAGAGGACGUUGCAGAUAACAUGGUGCGCAAGUAUGCGCAAGCACUGGAGACCCGGGAUCAUGAAUCGGGUAGCAUGCGCGCCAAGGAGAUCCUGGAGAUGGAGCGUCGACGCCGCGAGGAAAGUACGCGGAAUCAGCUUGAUAAGCACUGGAGCGAGAAGCGACUGGAACACAUGCGGGAGCGAGAUUGGCGUAUCUUUAAGGAAGAUUUCAACAUCGCCACCAAGGGUGGCAGUGUGCCAAACCCCAUGCGCUCUUGGGAAGAAAGUCAAUUGUCGAAGCAGUUGUUGGAGCUCAUCGAUCGUGCUGGCUACAAAGAGCCUACUCCGAUUCAGCGCGCAGCUAUUCCGAUUGCUCUUCAGUCGCGAGAUCUUAUUGGUGUCGCUGUGACUGGUUCCGGUAAAACAGCUUCGUUCCUGCUCCCGCUACUGGUAUACAUCUCAGAGCUUCCACGGUUGGACGAGUUUGAAUGGCGCAAAAACGACGGACCGUAUGCGAUUGUCCUGGCGCCUACUCGUGAGUUGGCCCAGCAGAUCGAGAUUGAGGCAAAAAAGUUCACACAGCCACUUGGGUUUAACGUCGUCAGUAUUGUUGGAGGUCACUCGCUUGAGGAACAAGCUUUCAGUCUGCGCGAUGGCGCGGAAAUUAUUAUCGCCACCCCCGGUCGUCUUGUCGACUGUAUUGAGCGCCGAAUGCUCGUUCUCAGUCAAUGUUGCUACGUGAUUAUGGAUGAAGCCGACCGUAUGAUCGAUCUUGGUUUCGAGGAACCUGUCAACAAGAUUCUCGAUGCUCUUCCAGUCACUAACGAAAAGCCCGAUACUGAAGAGGCCGAGAAUCCACGCGCCAUGCAACAACACCUUGGCGGGCGAGACCGCUACCGCCAAACAAUGAUGUACACGGCCACUAUGCCCGUGGCCGUUGAGCGUAUUGCACGAAAAUACCUCCGCCGUCCGGCCAUCAUCACAAUCGGCGGCGUCGGUGAAGCAGUCGACACAGUUGAGCAGCGCGUCGAAAUGAUUCCCGGCGAAGACAAGCGGAAGAAGCGACUCGCGGAGAUUCUCUCCUCAGGCGAUUUCCGCCCUCCGAUCAUCGUCUUCGUCAACAUUAAGCGUAACUGCGAUGCCAUCGCCCGCGAAAUCAAACAAAUGGGUUUCUCAUCCGUUACCUUGCAUGGUUCCAAGACGCAGGAACAACGUGAAGCCGCGCUGGCGUCUGUCCGAAGUGGUGCUACCGAUGUCCUGGUCGCCACUGACCUCGCUGGUAGAGGUAUUGAUGUGCCAGACGUCUCGCUUGUCGUCAACUUCAAUAUGGCUACCUCCAUAGAGAGCUACACCCAUCGUAUCGGUCGUACCGGUCGUGCGGGCAAGAGUGGUAUUGCUAUCACGUUCUUGGGUAGUGAGGAUGCCGAUGUUAUGUACGAUCUCAAGCAAAUGCUCAUCAAAUCCCCUAUUUCUCGCGUGCCCGAGGACUUGCGGAAGCAUGAGGCGGCCCAGUCGAAACCAACACGUGGUCAAGGAAAGAAGAUCGAGGAUAGCUCCGGGUUUGGAGGAAAGGGCGGAUGGGCGUAA